GCGCUCCGGGAGCAGCUGGGUCACAGCAGCAAGCGAUGGCUCCGAAGGAGAUCGGGGACAGGAUUCAAAGGCACGUAGCCAAGCCCAGAAGCUAACAGCCGCCACUCCCCGGGCACCAUGAAGAACGACUUGCCUGUGUCCUUAGCUGGGCUCAGCGGGCCGGCAGGUUUCCUCAGGAGCAGCGAGCCUCUGUCCUUGUCUCCCGUGCCAGCCCCAGCGACCUCUUUGCUGGAGGAGGCUGCGGAUUUGCUGGUGGUGCACCUGGACUUUGCUGCUGCUCUGGACAGGUGUGAGCGGGGCUGCGAAAGCCUGGCCUCGGACCCUGACUGUGAAAGCUCUGCAGAAGUGAAGUGCUCCCUGUGCAUUGUGGGGAUCCAGGCCCUGGCAGAGAUGAACCGGUGGAGAGAAGUUCUGUCUUGGGUCCUACAGUAUUACCAGGUCCCUGAACGUCUGCCUCCAAAAAUUCUGGAACUGUGCAUCCUUUUGUACAGCACAGUGAAGGAGCCCCAUGUGAUGUUGGAAGUUGACAGUUAUUGGCUGAGAGAUCUAACCAAUCAGAGCCUGCCUUUGUAUGGUACCUUGAUGGAGUUGCAUCUGUUGCAUGUGUUGCUUCCCCUUGGACAAUUUGUGGAGGCAGAGGAGCUGGUACAGGGCUGUGACGCUUUCAACAAAGAGCAACAACUUGAGGCCCUGAGGACCAUUAACGAGAGGAGGUGUCAGUGGGUGCAACAGGAAGAGACACAGUCAGCCCCUGAAGAGCAACCAGCCACAGCGAGGGAUAAGCUGUUAGGCUCUGUGUCCCGAAAGUUAUUGACCAUAUUAACAGUACUGCGUAGAGCACUGGGAUCCAUGUCAAGCCACUUCUGUUCCAGCCCUUACAAAAAGACGCUCUUGGCUGCUCUCAUAGUAUGCCUUGUUGUGGUGAGACUAGACCCGGCUGCUCCCACAUCCCUACCCUUCCUUUACAGGCUGGUCCAGCUCUGCCAUCAGGCAUGGGUGGCUGUAUUUUCUCCGCUCUACAGGCCUCCAGUUCAAGACUAAGCGGCUUUACGACGUGUUGCAAGUCUUUUGUCUCUGUUGCUGUGCAAGUGGCAGUUUGUCUUGAAGAUUUUAAUCAGGCUCUACAAGGGCUCCUGAGACCAAUGUACUAAUUAAAAUGACCACACGUGG